AUGGCGACCUCUUCGAGCACUGCACGUAAACCAACGACGAGGAGAGCGCGCACCCAACCCAAGCCAUGUUCUUUCGCCCAUCCAGGCAUACCAAAUAGGCCAGUCGAUGCAAAUGUGAAAGAACGGAGUCGCCGUACACAAGGUCAUGAUGCCACUGUCCUGCCACAGUACUCCUCGCCGUCACACUCCCCAUCCUACAUUUGCAUUCUUCCACCGGAGAUACUGGCGGAGAUCUUUGCAUACUGUAUACCCACAGAACAGUUUCCCAUCCCAUCCCGAACGGAAGCCCCCCUCCUCCUGACGCACGUAUCUUCUUUCUGGCGGUCUGUGGCCAUUUCCACCCCAGAUCUUUGGUCAUCAUUCCACAUCAACUAUAAAGACCCCACUGAGGAUAUCGCUCUCGCCAACUUAUGGCUUUCCCGUUCCCUCAAUAAACGACUUUCCAUCUCCAUUGCUGUUGAUUUUGGAGAGCAGCCUCAGCAAGCUAUACUCGAUGCGUUGUGCAGGCAUGCGAAACGCUGGAAACAUGUUCGCUUCGACUUCCGUCAUCUUCUCUGCCCACCCAUGUAUUCUCUGGACCUGGCUCAAGGUAAUGUACCAGAAUUGACAACCUUCGAGUUCCAUGCCAGGGAUAUCAGUAAUACCAACAUCUCCCCCAUAACCCAUUUACUCUCCUCAGCCCCCCAAAUCCGCGAACUAUCAUGGGUGGAUGAUUUGGCAGACAUGGAAACACUUCUAGAGCUGCCUCUCAGUCGGAUAUCUCGCUUAUCACUAUCGAUGGAGCAUGGUACACUCGACUAUCUCAAAGUCUUGAACGAAUGCCCCAACCUCGAGCACAUCAGAAUCACGAAGCCCCUUCUCCAAACUACACACCAAUCCCCUUUAUUCCUCUCCAAAUUGUCAUCUUUGAAUAUAUCCUCAGACCUCACCGGUAUCCUCGACCACCUCAUCCUCCCUGCACUUCGAGAGGUCCGAAUCUAUUCAGCAGACAACGAAAAGCACGCCCAGCCCCACUCGCCUUUGCAUCAUGCCUCGCCUCAUGUCCAGCCUCACUCCUCUCCCGUCUCGUCGACCACGGAGACAUGGGACCCCACGGCGUUCUUGAGCCUUGUUGAUAGAUCGGCCUGCGCCAUCACCAGUCUCUCGGUCACACCCCCGAUGUCAGAGGUCGCACUCUUGAUGUGCCUGCCCCGGAUGAGUGCCUCGUUGGUCAAGUUGUCAAUUGAAGGUGUGGCCAUCGGCGAUACGCUAUUGGGGUGCCUCACCCGCCCUUCCACUUCUAGUCGAAGAAGGGACUCCAAUGCCGUCACUCAUGUCGGCUCCGCCUCAGCACAUGGAGAUUUUCUGUGUCCAUUGCUCACUGAUAUUAAUUUGGACACACGCAUUGUUUGCUCACCUGGUGUUCUGGCGGGUAUGGUUAGGUCAAGGAUGAACGUAAGCGAGUGCAACGUGCAUAGUAACGUGAGCUGGACUCGUAUGAGAAAACUGCGGGUAGCGGAUGGCCACAAUGACAUAGAAAUGUUGAAGGAGCUAAGUCGGGAAUCACACACUUCUGCGACGUCUAGUCUGGUCCUUGAUAUCAUCCCGAAGAAGCCUAACAGGAUGCGGAACAGGCACUAUUUCUUCAGGAGGAAGUUAUGUGCCAGUCGAUGA